AUGGAAGCAAUGAACACAUUGACUGCAAAGGUUGGAAGUAUGGACACAAUCAUUGUUGAGAAGGUGUUGACUGCAGUAGACGCAUCUGUAGAUGAAAAAGUAAAUGCAAGGAUUGGUGAAGCCGAGCUGGUAUUUACACAGAAAAUCUCCACUUUACAAGAAGAGAUUGCUCAACUUAGAGAGCAAAUGCAAGCUACUGUCCCUAAAAAUGAUGCACAUUACAAUGUGAACCAUGAAGAUGAAGUCAACAGCAACGACCCGUCAUGGAUGGUCCAAGACAAAGCCUCAUCACAAAUGGAUGCGGCAAUACAAUGUGUGGUUAGAAAGAAAGCCAAAAAAUCCGAGGUCAAGCUAACAUCUCCAAUUCUACUUGACACUGGUGGUGAGAAGGUUGUUGGAACAACAAAAGUAAAAAAACCAGCUAGAGGAUUGAAAAAUGUAAAGAAGGAGAAGGUUGAAGUUCCACAACUUAGGGAUUCUGGUGGAACAUGGUCUGAUUCAGAAGACAAGCAAAAAUAUGGUAAUCUAGAUGCCACAUUAGACCAGUUGGUGGCAGUCUUGGAUGGACCUUUGCAAAAACGCAAGACACAGCUGACAAAGACCCAAGUGUAUCCAUAUGUAGGUAACUCAACUGUCAAAAGGAUCAUAAAAGGUGAUGUCUCUAAAGCCUGCUAUGAUCCCUUAGCUAAAGUUGAUGAGACAAAAUUUAGGAAGCUACUGGAUUAUUUGCGAAGUCUUGAGUAA